GAAGAACUUUUGUCAAUUGACAGUUAAGCUGACAUUAGUGGGCUGUGCAGAACUCAUUUUGUCGAUUUUUCCUCUAAAAGAGAUAAUAUUGAAAUUAAAAAAUGUUGUCCAGGACCGCUUUGCUUUCAGUUCAACGUCCAUUGGGCGUUCUGGCUAUGAGAUCGGCCAGCGCAGCCGGAUCAGGUGAUCAAGUUGCUCGUCGCGAGCGACCAGAGCAUCCUGGAAAGGUGCGUUUGGGCUUCAUUCCAGAAGAGUGGUUUCAGUUUUUCUACAAUAAGACUGGUGUCACCGGUCCAUACACUUUUGGUGUUGGCUUGCUAACUUACCUUUGCUCCAAGGAAAUUUACGUCAUGGAGCACGAGUACUACAGUGGCUUAUCCCUGGCCAUCAUGGCUAUUGUUGCAGUCAAGAAACUUGGCCCAACUAUCGCUGCUUGGACAGAUAAGGAAAUCGACAAAAUCGAAAAUGAAUGGAAGAGUGGACGCGAGGAAGAAUUGCAAAACCUUUCUGAUGCCAUCGAAGCGGAAAAGAAAGAACAAUGGCGCGCUGAAGGUGCUUUGUUGCUUAUGGAUGCUAAGAAAGAGAACAUUGCAUUGCAAUUGGAAGCCGCAUUCCGUGAACGCGCUAUGAAUGUCUACACUGAGGUCAAACGUCGUUUGGAUUACCAAGUGGAGUGCCGUCACAUUGAACGUCGUAUUAACCAAAAACACAUGGUGAACUGGAUCGUAAACAAUGUGCUUGGUUCCAUCACUCCUCAACAAGAAAAAGAGACUCUUGAUAAGUGCAUCGCUGAUUUAAGCGCUCUCGCCCUCCGCACCAAAUAGAUUUAUUGUUAUUAAUUAUAAAUUUAUUUUGAAACAUACGAAUGUAUAACUUAAUAUGUAAAUUGCAUAGAAUAAUAAUUGAGGGAAUCGAUAUUAUUCUCUAAAAUAAAAAAUCGUGGAUUGCAUUCACUGUGGACCAAAUGC